AUGAGAGUAGCAUUACGCGCAUCUGGUUGGAGAGAGCUAAUGGCCUUGAGACUCUCAUCACCUUCUCCUCCUCAAUCCUACCUCACAUUUUUGUUCUCCUCCUCCUUCCCGCCGUUGAUCUCCGGCCACAUUUCCGUCACCCGACGACGGCCCAGUGGCCACGCGUUCGUGCGCAGGCUCGGGAAAAUGGCGGCUCAGGCGUGUGUGAAGCUGGAAGACAGGAAUCCUCCGGGUGCCGCAGCCGGAAGCGAGUGGGGCAAGGUGUCGGCGGUGCUUUUCGACAUGGACGGAGUUCUCUGCAACAGUGAAGAGCCGUCGCGGAUGGCCGCCGUCGACGUGUUCGCCGAGAUCGGCGUCCAAGUCACCGCCGACGAUUUCGUGCCGUUCAUGGGCACAGGGGAAGCAAACUUUUUGGGAGGUGUUGCUACCGCAAAGGGAGUUGUAGGAUUCAGUCCUGAAGCUGCGAAGAAGAGGUUUUUCGAGAUAUAUCUAGAGAAGUAUGCAAGGCCAAACUCUGGAAUUGGAUUCCCAGGUGCCAUUGAACUUGUUACUCAGUGUAAAAACAAUGGCCUUAAAGUUGCUGUGGCAUCUAGUGCUGACCGUAUCAAGGUGGAUGCAAAUUUAGCUGCUGCGGGCUUAUCGUUGUCCAUGUUUGAUGCUAUUGUGUCAGCGGAUGCUUUUGAGAAUCUCAAACCUGCACCUGAUAUAUUUUUAGCUGCGUCAAAGAUUCUAAAUGUGCCCCCUAGCGAGUGUAUUGUAAUUGAAGAUGCGUUAGCUGGAGUAGAAGCUGCCAAAGCUGCAGAAAUGAGAUGCAUAGCUGUGACAACAACAUUAUCAGAGAAAACUUUGAGACCGGCUGGGCCAUCCCUUAUCAGAAAGGAGAUAGGAAGUGUUUCACUUGAUGAUAUUCUCAGUGGUGACUCUGGUUGCCAUAAUGAGAAGAUGCAGGGAACUCAGUAUAUUAAUUCUUUUGGACAAGUGUCAACCUCAACGCCCAUUGAAGGAAUGGAUAGUUUGUCUAUCCAGAAUACAGAGUCUCCCACUGAUAAGAUCUCCUCAUUUGAGGGGUUGCAGGGUUCUCGGCGAGAUAUUGUGAGAUAUGGGAGUUUGGCCAUUGCUGUAUCUUGUUUCUAUUUUGCCUUGUCAAACUGGAAGGCAAUGCAAUAUGCAUCACCAAAAGCUAUUUGGGACUUGUUAUUUGGAGUCGUUCGUCCUACUGUGAAACGGACUGAAGGUGAAUCUCAAUCUGCACGAAUCCAGCAAUUCGUCAACUAUAUCUCAGAUUUGGAGACCAGGGGAACUACUACUGUGCCAGAGUUUCCUUAUAAACUUGAUUGGCUAAAUACUGCUCCCCUUCAAUUACGCAGGGAUUUGAAAGGAAAGGUGGUUCUACUGGAUUUUUGGACUUAUUGUUGCAUAAAUUGUAUGCACGUGCUACCGGAUCUAGAGUUUUUGGAGAAAAAAUAUAAAGAUAUGCCGUUCACCGUUGUGGGAGUGCACUCUGCAAAGUUUGACAAUGAGAAAGACUUGGAAGCCAUUCGCAAUGCAGUAUUACGCUAUGGAAUCACCCACCCGGUUGUCAAUGAUGCCGACAUGUACUUCUGGCGAGAGCUAGGUGUAAGCUCAUGGCCUACAUUUGCCAUUGUUGGGCCCAACAGUAAACUUCUUGCUCAAAUUUCAGGCGAAGGUCACCUACAGGAUCUUGAUGAUUUAGUGGAGGCAGCACUUCUUUUUUACGGUAAAAAGAAACUCUUAGACAGUGCGCCCAUUCCCUUGCGUUUGGAGAAGGACAAUGAUCCCCGCUUAUUGACAUCUCCUCUAAAGUUUCCUGGGAAGUUAGCAGUUGAUGUCCUUAACAACCGUUUGUUCAUUUCAGACAGUAACCACAACCGCAUAGUUUUAACUGACCUGGAUGGCAAUUUUAUUGUCCAAAUUGGGAGUGCUGGAGAGGAGGGUUUACGUGAUGGUUCCUUUGAUGAUGCCAUGUUCAAUCGCCCUCAGGGCCUUGCUUAUAAUGCAAAGAAGAAUGUCCUGUAUGUUGCAGAUACUGAAAACCAUGCUUUGAGGGAAAUUGAUUUUGUUGACGAAACUGUUCGAACUCUUGCUGGAAACGGAACCAAGGGCUCUGACUACAAAGGGGGGAGAAAGGGAACCACUCAGCUACUCAAUUCUCCUUGGGAUGUCUGCUUUGAGCCUGUCAAUGGGACAGUUUACAUUGCAAUGGCUGGUCAACAUCAGAUAUGGGAACACAGUACAGUGGAUGGACUUACUAGAGCUUUUAGCGGCGAUGGUUAUGAAAGAAACUUGAAUGGGUUAAGCCCAACAAGUACAUCAUUUGCACAACCUUCGGGAAUUUCAUCAUCUCCAGAUUCAAAGGAGAUAUAUAUUGCUGAUAGCGAGAGUAGCUCCAUUCGAGCACUUGAUUUGAAAACUGGAGGAUCAAGAUUGCUAGCUGGUGGUGAUCCUGUUUUUUCAGACAAUUUGUUUAAGUAUGGGGAUCAUGAUGGAAAGGGGACUGAAGUGCUUCUCCAACAUCCAUUGGGUGUCUUGUGUGGAAAGAAUGGAGAAAUUUUUAUAGCAGAUUCUUACAACCACAAGAUCAGGAAAUUGGAUCUAGGUAGUAAAAGGGUUAGUACCCUUGCUGGGACAGGUAAAGCAGGUUUCAAGGAUGGAACAGCACUAUCAGCUCAGCUUUCAGAGCCAUCAGGACUUGUUGAAGCAGAAAAUGGAAAACUUUUUAUAGCUGAUACAAACAAUAGUGUAAUCAGAUAUUUGGACUUGAGCAAGGAGGAAGCUGAACUUCUUACUUUAGAGCUUAAAGGAGUUCAGCCUCCUGCAACAAAAUCGAGAUCUUUGAAACGCCUUAGAAAGCGAUCAUCAGCUGACAUACAGACUAUUAGGAUUAAUGGUGGAUCAUCCAGCGAGGGCAACUUGUGUCUUGAAAUAUCUGUGCCUGAAGGUUACCAUUUCUCAAAGGAAGCACGCAGUAAGUUCAUUGUAGAAAUUGAGCCAGAAAAUACAGUAUUUAUUGAUCCCUUGGAUGGGAAUCUUAGACCAGAUGGAUCUGCAGUACUUCAUUUUAAAAGAUCCUCUCCUUCUGCUUUCAUGGGGAGAAUAAACUGCAAGGUCUACUACUGCAAGGAAGAUGAGGUCUGUCUAUACCAACCCUUGGCUUUCGAAGUACCCUUUGGUGAAGAAGUUCCCGACUCUAUGCCCUCAAAUAUUUCCCUUGCAUAUAUGGUGAAGCCCAGAGCUUCCACAAGCUUACAACUACCAGUUGCCCGCUGAUGCUUAAGCGUACACAAAUGAAACUUGUACAUAAUGCCUGACCCACUGUUAUUCAAUUGGGUAGAGCAGUUAGUUGCAGUGAGUUGAAAAAAGUAGUACAAUGGUAGCAUUCAAAUUAUGGGGAAAAAAAAUCAUUGUUCAACACAGCUUGUUACUUUUGCAUUUUACUAUAAUUUGAAGUCCAAUAGAUUUUUGUUCCUUACAGAA